AGGGCAAGCGUCAAGAUGGCGGCCGUCGCCGAGCAGGAACUUGCCACCCUCAGCCUGGAGCAAUUGCCCACUGACCCGCUCUUACUCAUCCUAAGCUUCCUGGAUUACAAAGACCUCAUGAGGGUGGGUUGCUGUUUUGUAAGUCGUAGAUUAAAUCAACUUUCAGUCCAUGAUCCAUUAUGGAAGAGGCAUUAGAAAUACUGGCUUCUUUCUGAGAGCUGAGAAGUCUCGAAGAACUAAGAGCUGGAAAGCCAUUUCAUAGAUAUGUAUGCUGUGGGGACAUAUAUUCACUAUUAUGCUACACUUAAAAAAGCCUGGGAUGAUUUGGAAAAAUAUUUGCAGCACUGUCCUCGGAUGAUUAGUUCUUUGAAAGAGUGUGUUCAGGAAGAUGAUCUGGAUGCAGUGGAGGCACAGAUUGGUUGCAAAUUACCUGAUGAUUAUCGAUGUUUUCGAAUCCAUAAUGGACAGAAGCUGGUUGUCCCAGGAUUGAUGGGAAGCAUGGCACUCUCCAAUCACUAUCGCUCUGAAGAUUUAUUGGACAUUGACACAGCAGCUGGGGGUUUUCAGCAGCGACUAGGACUGAAGCAAUGCCUUCCCUUAACGUUUUGCAUUCACACUGGAUUGAGUCAAUAUAUGGCUCUGGAGAGCGUGGAGGGUCGCAAUAAGUAUGAAAUCUUCUACCAAUGUCCAGAUCAAAUGGCCCGUAAUCCAUCUGCAAUUGAUAUGUUUAUCACAGGUAAUUCCUAUUUGGACUGGUUCACCACCUAUGUUAACAAUGUAAUAACAGGUGGCUAUCCAAUCAUCCGAGACCAGAUUUUCAGAUACGUUCAUGAAAAGGAUUGUGUAGCCAAAACAGGAGAUAUUACUGUUUCAGUUUCCACAUCUUUCCUACCUGAACUCAGCUCUGUGCAUCCGCCUCAUUACUUCUUCACUUACAGAAUCAGAAUUGAGAUGUCCAAAGAUGCACUUCCAGAGAAGGCUUGUCAAUUAGAUAGCCGGUACUGGAGAAUAACAAAUGCCAAAGGUGAUGUGGAGGAGGUCCAGGGUCCUGGAGUAGUAGGAGAAUUUCCAAUAAUUAGUCCUGGUCGAGUCUAUGAGUAUACUAGUUGUACUACAUUUGCUACUACAUCAGGAUAUAUGGAAGGAUACUAUACAUUCCAUUGUCUAUAUUACAAAGAUAGAUUUUUUAAUGUUACCAUUCCUAGAUUUCACAUGGUUUGCCCAACAUUCAAAGUAUCCAUAGCACGUAUGGUAAGUUGA